AUGAAGAGGUCGCGUCGGAGUUCCCGUGACACGCAUCUCGCCAAGGUUUUCGCGUUUCUCCGUUUUGGGCCCCGUUUUUUUUGCCCUUCGACGCUUGCUGUCCUCGAACAGACUCUUAACAUGACCAGACCACAGCGUACACAUUGGCUUCAGGACUUUGCAAAACCCUCCCAAUGGCUUCAUUUAUAUCGCGCUACGUUGCGUGAAUGCACCUACCUACCUGAUCCCAUCGCCCGCGAGUACAUGCAGAAACAUGUCAUUUCACGAUAUCGUACCGUCUCCUCCCGGCGUACGAAGCCGGGUGCUCAAACAGCUCAUGCAGCAAAGCACGCUUUUUCGGUGUUACGGCGAGCCAAUGAAGGCUAUCAGCGCCCACUCGAGAAAGUGUUAUUACUAUCGUACGGUCGGACGGGGAAGAGGCGCCAUGAACUGCUGACAGACAUGCUUGGAAACCACCUCCCGCAAAACACCGCCUCCCUAACGGAAUUCCUUGCUCAACCGCUCCAGUACAGCGAUGGAUGGGAGCCCCCAGUCAUUGUUAAGAGCCUUGCGAUCGCCCACAUGCAGAACCCAGUGGUGACAACGAAUCGUAUAAGGCCUCUGAUCAAGAACAUCUCGCCACCAGUCCCCAAAGUGAACAGCUGGGGGAAGGAGGUUUCAGAAUCACGGAAAAAGAACAUUCGGCAGAGAUGGUACAACACUACAUUGAGCAGUCUUAUGCCGCCAAUUCCUCAGAAAGAGCUCCAACUUCUCGACGGCUUGAUUUCGGGGACCGUGAAAUGGAGCCCUCCCAAGAGACGAGUACUGGCCGAGAAGAAACCGCAGUCUGAAUACCAACUCUUCGCAAUGCUUGCGAAGAGUCCCGAAAAAGGAGACAAACCGCAGUCUGAAAAGCAACUCUUCAAACUGCUUGCGAAGGGUCCCGAAAAAGGAGACACAUUCGCCGCAUAUGCCAAUGGGCGCCCACACGAAAUCACGGCCAGAUUCAUGCGUCGUCAAUGGCGGCGUCUUUCUUCUCUGAUACCUCGCCAGUACUGGAACCCAUAUUCGGAGAAAUGGCGUUUCGUGUGGGAUUCGCCAAAGGACGUCCCUGCUCUGGCGUUUGAUCUGAGCAGUAGUGUUGAUCCAGCGGUCCUUGCCCUACUCCCCAAGCAGAAACUGCUGUAG